CUAAUAAUGAUCACAUUAUCAUUAUCAUCAUCAUGAUGGCCAUUUUAUCAUUGAUAAUUUAUCCGAUACCGAUUGUUCGAGGUCAACAUGCAAAACAGGUAGCAACCAUACCUGGACAAUUAGUGAUUGGUGCAUUAUUUUCAAUACGUGAACAGCCAACAUUACGUGCAGCACAGACACGUACCUGUGGUGAAGUUCGUGAACAAUACGGUAUACAUCGUGUUGAAGCUGCAUUUCAGACAAUCGAUACUAUUAACAAUGAUACAAAUAUUUUGCCCAACAUUACAUUGGGUAUUGAAAUACGUGAUUCAUGUUGGUAUUCGGCAAUAGCAUUAGAACAAAGUAUUGAAUUUAUUCGUGAUGCAAUGGCUGCAUCAGAAGAAAAAGCAUAUGGUUCAUCAUCAUCAUCAUCAUCAUCAUCAUUGUCAUCAUCAUUUUUUCGCCCCGGUUCAGUAUACAGUGUUCAUGAUGAUGAUCAUUUAUUAUCAUCGACAACUCAUAAUAAUAAUGAUGAUGAUAAUAAUAAUAAUAAUAAUAAUAAUGACGAUGAUGAUGAUGAUGAUGAUUCAUCGAGUAAACAACCUCGUAUUUUAGGCCUAUUUCCGGCUUCACCAUUUAGUGGUUCUCCACAACGUUUUAAUGUUAGUACACCAUGCCCGAAAGCAACAAAAAAAGCAAAAAAUAUUGUCGGUGUUGUUGGCCCAGCUUCAUCUACAAACACAAUACAGGUCCAAAAUUUAUUACAAUUAUUUAAUAUACCUCAAAUUGGCUAUUCGGCUACCAGUAAAGAGCUAAGUGGAAAGAAUUUUUUCAAAUUUUUUCUACGUGUAGUACCGUCUGAUCAUCAUCAAGCUCAAGUGGUUAGCUCAUUAUUUCGAUACUAUAAUUGGACAUAUAUUUCCGUCGUCUAUACAGAUGGUAAGUUUGUCUUCUCUUUUUUUUUUGUUCUGUCGAGAUUCUUUUUUUUGCUGUUGUUGUUUAAUAAUAAAAUCUCUCUAUCUCAAGGGAGCUAUGGAUCCGGUUUGAUGGAAAUAUUCAAAACAAAUGCUCAAGAUGUUGGUAUAUGUAUUGCUUAUAUGGAAUCGAUACCACCGAAUGGUGAUGAUGAAGUAUAUGAUGCUGUUGUACAGAGUUUAUUGGAAUUUAAGAAUGCAAAAGUUGUUGCCUGUUUUUGUGAAGGAUCAUCAGUUAGAGCAUUAUUACAAGCUAAAAGACGAUUAAAUGUUACCACUGAAUUUAUGCUUGUCGGUAGUGAUGGCUGGUCUGAUCGUCCUGAUGUUGUUAAAGGUUUAGAAAAAGAAGCUCAAGGCAGUGUCACCGUUCGUAUCUAUUCACCAAUUGUGGAAGAAUUUGAUGAUCAUUAUUUCAAAUUAAAUCCAUUGGCCAAUCAUCGAAAUCCAUGGUUUAGAGAAUUUUGGGAAGCAAAAUUCAAUUGUAGUCUUCGUAAUCUAACCGGUCAAGUGAUUGUCCAUCCAAAUAAUGUUACAUUCACAAAACAAUGUACUGGAGAUGAAUCAUUGCAGGAUUUUGUCGUACGACGAAAACCUCGAUAUAAACAGGAUAAUAAAAUGUCAUUCGUAGUUAAAGCCAUUUGGACUAUGGCACAUGGUCUACAUAAUAUGCAAAAAUCUUUGUGUAAAAAUGUUACUGGUCUUUGUAAUGAAAUGUUACCCGUAAAUGGAUCAAUAUUAUUAUGGAAUCUAAAUAAUGCUCGAUUCCGAUGGAAAGAUGAAAUUGUUGAAUUUGAUGAAAAUGGUGAUCCACCUGGCCGCUAUGAUAUAAUAAAUUAUCAGGAGCUUAAAAAAGGAGAAUAUGAUUAUGUACAAGUUGGUGAAUGGAAUAGUGAUUCUAAUUUAAGUAUUUAUCGACCAAUACAAUGGCCACGUGAACGUGAAAUGGUCAUACAAUCAAAUUAUACUGAAAUAAAAGUAUUGAAUAAACAUACAUCAAUACCGGAAUCUGUUUGCUCAAAACCAUGUCCAAAAGGACAAGCCAAGAAUAUUCAAUCUGAUUCUGUCAAAUGUUGUUGGAUUUGUGUGCCUUGCCGUGAAAAUGAAUAUUUAACAAGUGAAGAGAAAUGUAAACCAUGUAAAAUUGGCACAUGGCCUAAUGAAAAUUUGACAGGUUGUACACCAAUACCAAUUGAAUUUAUUCGUUGGACAGAUACUUGGUCAUUGGUGGCCAUGACUAUUUCAUUGAUCGGUUUUAUUAUUACAUUAUUCACAAUGAUUGUAUUUAUUAAACAUAAUGAUACACCUAUGGUCAAAGCAUCGACACGUGAAUUAUCAUAUAUCAUUAUGUUUGGAAUGUUUUUAUGUCAUUCAACAACGUUUGCAUUGAUAGCUAAACCAACUAAAUUAACCUGUUAUAUUACACGUAUAUUGCCCGGUUUAAGUUUUGCAAUAAUGUAUGGUUCAUUAGUAACAAAAACUAAUCGUAUUGCUCGUAUAUUGGCUGGUUCAAAGAAACGAAUUAUAACAAAAAAACCACGUUUCAUGUCUGCAACAGCUCAAGUGGUAAUCACCUGGCUAUUAGUAUCGGUUGAAGUUGGUAUCAUAAUCACCAUUUUAGUUCGUGAACCAGCCGAUAAAAUGCUCAAAUAUCCAACAUUAGAUCGUGUGGUGCUCACAUGUAAUACAAAAGUAUUGGGAAUUUCGGCACCACUUGGUUUCGAUUUUGUUCUUAUUGGUUUCUGUACAUUAUAUGCCAUUAAAACACGUAACGUGCCAGAGAAUUUUAAUGAAGCAAAAUUUAUUGGUUUCACCAUGUAUACAACAUUGGUCAUUUGGAUUGCAUUCGUACCGAUUUAUUAUAAUUCCGAUGAAAAUGUUAUAACAUUGAGCUUGUGUAUUAGUUUUUCAGCUAUUGUUGCAUUGAUAUUAUUAUUCUUUCCAAAGCUAUAUAUUAUAUUAUUUAAACCGGAAAAAAAUAAUCGCAGUUAUUUUACCACAGCAAAAAAUGUUCGCUGCCAUAUUGGUUAUAUGCAAGCUGCAACAUCGACAACAACAUCAACAAUACAAAGUCAACCAACAGCAACUAGUGCUGUUUCAAGACAUUCAUCACAUUCGGCAUCAGAUUUUAGUCUUGAAUCACCAAGAAAUCAUUCAAUCGAUGUUUGUUAUAGAAAACCAGUAUCAGAAAUAUCCACUGUUCAUAAUCAAUAUUAUACAACGCCAUCAUAUUCAGGCACACAUCUAAAUCAUACAAAAAUACCACAACGUCGUAAUGGUCACGUUAAAAAGGGAUUCUUUUCACGUUUACGUAUCAGUAAACAAGAUAAAAUUGCAGCUAAUGUAGCAGAACAUAUACGUGCCGUACGUGCAGCUGAAGCAUUGGAUCGUCAAACGGCACGUGGACGUCGUUUCCAUGUAGCUACAAGCCAAAGUUUUUCAGAAAAACAUGAAGAACCAACAACAACAACAACAACAGCAACAUCUAUGAUUGGCAAUGAACCAACAACGACAAGACAAGAGGAUACGGUUGGAAUAUUAUCACGUCAAGAUACGGCAACACGAAGAAUACGUAUUAUUCAUCUUUUACGUCGAACAUUUGGUGAAGAGCUAGAAAAAUUGCCACAAUUCAGUGCAUUGGUCAAUUGUCUUAAAUAUGAAUGUUCACAUACAUUUACUGAAUGUGCCGUUCAAACGGGCAAUGGUGGUAAUGGUAAUAAUGGUAUGGAUACAUUAAGACGACGAUUAACAUCAAUACCAGCCGAUGUUAAUCUUUUACAACAACAACAACAACAUGAAAAUGGAUUUUCAAAAAACAACCACAGAUAUCAACAAUCAUCAUCAUCACAAUUACAACAGCAUCAGAAACAAAAAGUUUGUAAAACAAUGUCAUCGGAUGAAAGCAUGUCGGUAACAGGUUCGGUUGUUGUUGAAGAGAAUAUUAGUUCCGGUGGUGAAGAUUCAAGUCAAACAUCCGGUGUAUAUAAAAAUAUCAUAAUAAAUUUAAGUAAUUUAGCAACUUUAGCAUCAGAUCCACAACAAUCAAGUUCAUCAAGAGAUAUAUAUCAUUAUCAACAGCAGCAGCAACAGCAACAGCAGCAGCAACAACAACAACAAUUUGAUCAACCAUUAUCGACACCACAUUCAGCUGAUCAUCAUCAUUAUCGUCAUCAUCAACCACAUCACCAACAUCACCAACAAUCAUCAUCAUCAUCAUCAAUUUGAAAUGUCAACAGAUCAAAUAUUUCCAGAAAUGAGACCAUCAUCUAAAUCACAGCAACAAUUACAUAGUAACAAUAAUGAAUUGAUCGGUAUAUUAAAGAAAAAUCGUUGAAUUGGGAAUCAUCAAUGUUUUUUUUUGUUUGUUUGUUGUUUGUUUGUCUGUUUUCAUCAUUCACUUUAUAUUCAUUAUAAUAA